AUGACUCUUUUAGGAGGUGAUAAAGAUGACCAGAGAGAUGCCAUUCUUAAGGAAAUUAUUUCAAAAUGGAGUAAAGGAGCAAGUUGGAAUCCUCAGAAAGCUCCUCCAGACACAAACAAGGACCAGUCAGUGCACCCAUGGGUGAGAAAUAUUAUGGGAAGCCUAAAAACUCUUGGUCUGCUUCCGAACAAGAACCUGCCCUUAUUAAACAAGCCAAUUGACAGACAUCGUCUCUCUGGCUUCCUCUACAACAUCUCUCUAUACCUCCAGGAGAUGGGUGCUGAGCUGGAAGAGGCACCAGCAGACCCAGAUGAGAAGCAGCUGUGGGAGAAGGUGCUGCAUUUCUUUCUGCAGUUUGACAGGAGCGAUGCACUGAACCACUGGAAUGACCGGGUGCCUCCACGACCUAGUGUCAAAGUGCAAGACUGGUUUUUGUCCUUGAGGGGCAGCCCUCACUGGGAUUGGUUCCUGGGGCUGCUGCAGAGUCUGAUUACUCUAUCAGAACGUCAGCCCCACAGGCCUUUGUUGACUUUCUUAUCUCAGAACUGGAGGACAGUGAGUGCUGUGCUAGAAGCUACGCUGCAGGCUCUGAUCAGUGGGACCUAUGGUCAGGCCAGUGCGGGCCUGCAGGGCUUCAUCUGUGCUCUAAAGGGUCAUAGUGACUGUGCUUUCAGCAUUAGCUGGCUUCAACAGCUGUUGCAUUUUCUAGAAAUUAACAACUGGAAGCCUGUGGUCAGUUUACACCCACCAGGGGAAGGUACUGAACACAGUAAGGGCUCAAGUGCAUUUGGGCGUUUAAAGCCCUUUAGCUUGCCUCCUGAGGUCAUGGGGCAGCCUGGAAAUGCAACUCUGGAAGACACGGUGGCCACAGAGGAUGAUUCAAGCUUCAUGCAAAGUUUACUGCAGCAGGCUUUAUCACGUUCAGGUGGAGGAGAGAGAGGAGGCCACUUGGCACAGAGAAAUGUAGCUCUUGUGCAGAGUUUGGAUGGAUUGAGGAGGGGCCUCCUGCACAGGGUGGGCAGCUCUGUUUACAGUAACCUGAGGAAGAAAGUGUCACGAGUUACCAUGACGCUGCUUGAUGAUGUCAGCAGCCUGGUGGACGUGCCACAGCCCAACGCUCAGGGUUGGUGCUCACCACUUCUUCACCAACAAUGUCCAAACAAAAACACUUUUUUGUUCCUCCUAUUGCACCAACUCAACCAGCCACAAACAGGGAGAAGAAGCGAGAGCAGCAAACAACAUGAAGAGAUAGAGGACUUCACCUCUACAGAAAUUUUGGAGGCAGCAUGUAAUGAAUCGAUUCCAGGCCUUACAGGAGUUUCCAACUUCACUGUGUUCCUUUAUUGUAAACUUUUUGAAGGGGAGAAUGGGUCAGUUAAUCCUGCAGUGGCUGAGCUGGGGCUUGACCUCCGCACCACAUGCGCUGAUGCAGCUUGGUACCUGUCUGCUGCUGAGGAGGACUUCCUUUGGGUUCAUGUCUGCAGUGAGUUCUUUGCCCAUGAAUUCAACAACACGGUGUGUGCCAACUCCUCUUUCUGGCUGCAGAGGGCAUAUCAGGCUGCAGUGACAAAGAACUACCAUUUUUUUAACCAAACAAGUAUAGAUGACCUGUGUGUGCAGCUGUCAGGGGAGGCUAUAGGGAGCACGGGCCUCAACAACAACUGUCUGGCUCAGCUGGGCAGCCGGUCACUCAGUGCCCAGGCUUUUAGACACUGCUUCCUGCCCAACAACUCAGUCUUAAUCUCAGCUUUGUGCGGGAGAGACUCCUCUGACUCACACAGAUCCUGGUCGGAGGGCAGCUGGGCCGCAGCAUUCUGCUCCAAAACGCUCAACGUCUCCCAUGUUGACACCACUGAGCAGACUUGUCAGUACAGGGAGUGGGCUGUGCAUCAUUUCACUAACACCACCCUCCUAGAGCUCUGUGGACAGACACAUGGGUUACAAGAGUACAUUUGUUUAAACACCACACUCUAUAGUCAGGUGCCUCAGUUUGCUGAUUUCUGUGCUGAUCUGCAGGCAGAACAUGAGGGCAGGAAGUGUUUCUUGCAGAGGUUUUUUGACAUGCUCCCAGCCACAUAUGAGCUUGACACAUCACAGCUGUGUGUGGACCCAGCUCCACUGCUGAUGGAUGUCCUUUACAAGCUGAGUGUGUGUGAGGUAGAGGGAGGGGAGCACCAAGGGUUUCUGGUGGCACUGGGAUAUGUGUUGCGAGUCCUGGACUUCAUGGUGGGCCUCUCUUCGGGUCUGGAUGAAGGGGAAAGAGAGGCCAGACAAGGUUUGGGUCAGGCCAUCCUCCUCUCCAGUCUUGCUGAUAACACGUCCUGGGCCACACUGCAGCCUGAAGCGUCCACGAGCGUCCUUCACACUGUGGGACUCUUCCUGCGCAGAGAGCAGAACACUUCUCUGAAAGAGGACCUGCUGAGCUGCUUCAGUCCCAUCUUGUGGGACCUCAUCCAGCAGAACGACAGCUCAUCUGCACUCAGAGUUCUGCUGCAGGAAUACCUCCAGAUGCCAAGAGACAGCAUUCGCACUCUAGUGAUGUCUGCUGAAAAAGAUGCAGUUAAGAGAUUUAUUUCCCAUAUGCAUCGAAGUUGGGACCAGCUACAAGUGGAAACCAGCCAGGCCUCUCAAAAGGAGUUACAGGCCAUGGAAACAAUGACUGCUGCAUUCAUCCACAAGUUCCCCCGAGUGACCCCAGAACUGUUUGUGGACCUGUCUCCAUUCAUUCCCUUCAUGUCUGUCUCUGACAUCAUGAGCUUCCCCACCUCCCUGAUUGUCAACGACACCGUGUUGACAGCCAUUCGUGAUCACAGCUCGGAGAUGAAGUCACUGCAGAAAAAAGCUUUUGUAAAAAGACUCCUGCAGUCAAGUGUGGUGGGUGAAGUCCCCACAUGGCCAUCAUACUUCCUCAGUUCCAUCCUCCCACUUCUACCUUACCUCCCAGUCGGUCAUUUUCAGCAACUAACAUCACAACAGCUUACUCCUCUGGUGGAGUUGCUAGGCAAUAGCAGUCUGGAUGGGGUGAGGGGGCGCCAUGUGCUCCGGACCCUCUUCAGUAGGAAGAUGAAUCUGACCAGUGAUAACAUACAGAGGUUAGGAGUUCUUGCAUGUUACCUGGAUCCAGCAGACCUGGGUUCAUAUCUUCAGGACUCAGCUGUGACCUCUGGUGUCUGGCAGCAGCUGGCUCGGUGCAUGUCCAAGGGGUUCAUCAGUGCCAGUGGCAGGUUGUCCACGUGGUUGAUACCCACAGUUCAAACCCUAAAUGUCAGCAGCAUGGCUCCUCUAGAGCUGUCAGCGCUCAGUGGUCUGCUGCCCCAGUUAGGAGCUUCCUUCCUACUAUCUCUUCCCUCACAACAACUCCUGGAGGUUCUCUCACAGCCAGGAUUACACAGAUACUCCCCAGCACAGGCUUUUCAAAUGUUAUCCAAGAUUUCAAAGGACACCAAUCUCACCAUGGAACAACUGUGCAGACUGAAGCCGCUGCACUUCGGUCUCUCCCCUGCUGUGCUCAGAAACCUCCAGUGGCUUGAGAUGAGCGGAAAUACCCACUGUCAGUGCUGGAGAACCUUGCUAACUGAGCUUAAGCCAGGCCACAGAGCCAUGCUGUACAAUGCAAUGCAGGAGGUUUUACACAGAGACUUGCAGAACAUUGCUCAGCAGACAAGCUGCCUUUUACCAUUUGUCCCUCUGCGGAAGCUCUUAGACGCCACAAGUGGAGAAACAAUCCUGAGAGAUAUCAGCCUGUACAGAGACGUACACUGGUCACCACAGCAGGCUCAGUUUCUGUUAAGAAAAAUCCAUGAAUUCAAAAACAUUACCAGCAGGUCAGUGAGGGCUCUGGGUCAUAUUGCCGGUGGAAUGAGCUGUGACCUUCUGAGUCUUUGGACCAACAAUACAGAUUUUGCAGAGCUGCUUCAGUUUGUUAGUGAGCUGCCUGGAGGUGUGAGACCUGCUCUGCGAACAUGCAUUGUAGAGAAACUGAGGAAACAAGCUGAGCUUGAUCUCAGUGUUUUGAGCUAUGGGUUUGCUGCGACAUUACCAGUAACAAUGAUAGAGAACCUCUCCAAUGGAUCCUUCAGGGCUAUACUGGACCACAUCCAGGCACAUUUUGCUGAUUUCCUCAGACUGCCACAUUACAAACAAACAAAUUUAGCUGAGAAGGCCAUAACUGAGCUGGGCUCUUCUCGGGCUGAGGACAAGAUUGAUGGCACCACAUUGGACGCCUUGGGGCCUUUACUGCCUUUCUUGGACAGGGAUACUUUGGCUUUGGUGGACAGAGGAGCUCUGGCUCUGCGGCUGGAGGACAUGAGAAGUUUCUGCUUUCCUAAAGAGGCUUUGAGAGAUUUUAGUGCUCUGUUCGUUCAGAAAGACCUGCUUGGGGACCCAUCCAAGUGGCAGGUCAGGGAUGUUGAACAUUUGGGCAGGCUGGUGUUUUCACUCUCAACAAAGCAGAUUAAUGACAUCCCACUGACAGUGUUGGAUAAAGACACAGUGGAGCAAGUCCUGGUGGGUCAAAGGCGCUGGGAGGACAGCGUGGUGGGUGAAGUCUGUGUUACUCAGUGUAUGGACCGACAUCACCAGAGGCAGCAGACUCAGACUCUCACUCGAGGGAUUGUCAAAGCACAAAGCAGAAGGGCAAAAAUGCCAGUUCCGAGCUGUGCAGACGUCAGAGGGACGUUACCUUCAGCGUGGACUCCCACUCAGCUCAGUCGUAUGUCACAGGAGGAUCUGAAACAGUGUGUAGAAGUCUUUGGUCAGGACACUUCACUGAGCUCGGAGCAGCGCCGGGCACUCUGGGUGAAACUCAGGCGGUCCUACAGUCCAGUGAGAGAGCUGUCAGUGGACCAGGUGCUUGCUCUGGGCUCAGUGGCAACUGAAAUGAGAGAACGAGAACUGCAGGAUGCAAAUCUCACCGACUUGGGUGUGUUAACACAUCUGGGGACACUGACACACUGGAGCCCUAAAAAGAUGAGAGCAGUGAUUUUAGGUGUGAUGUGGAAACGCAGACUGAAAGCGGAGCAGUUAACAGCUGUUGAUCUGGCAACAUUUGGCCAUCUGAUCUGUGGUCUAUAUCCCCCAGAGAUAAAAAAACUGAGCCCAUACAACCUCAGUAUGGCUGUCCUGUUCCUGCGGGAGAUGUCCCUGCCCUGCACAGAACAGCAGAUGGAGGCUCUGACAAACCGUUUGUCCAGCCCGGAGGCCUUUGGUCCAGUCAGUGCCUGGGGACCAGAGGUUUUCACCGAAAUUGGGACACUGGCAGCGGGCUUGGAGGACUUGGUGCUGUCAGCUCUGGUCCAAGAACAAAUGGAAGGACUCACCCCUGAAGCCAUCGCCCUGAUGUCUCCAAAAAAGAUGGCAGUGGUGUUCAGCGCAGUUCAGUUGUCGUGGCUGAGUGCUGAGCAGGCGUGGGCCGUCACUGAGGAGCAGUGGGCUGAACUGGAUGCCGACCAGAAACAUGCUGUUGGACUAGCUCGAUAUGAAGGAGACGUUCUGCUGGAGCUGAGAGGGAGAAACUCAGCUGCAGCAGCCCUGAUCACAGACAGCCUGACUAUACGCUCACUGGCUCUGUGCCUCUUCUUAUGGCAACUAAUUUAAUAUGCUAGAACAAAUGUAAUUGCCCCUUGGCCUUCCUUGGUUUCAUUAUAUUUGUACUUUAAAUAAAUAUUUUGAACUGUUCUGUUCCUUCUGUGUGUUGGUCCUUUAAUUUACAUUACUGUGGUAUUUCAUAUUUAUGUGAAUUAUCACUUUGUCAGAAUGAAAAUCAGUCUAUGUAGCUGUAGUACAGAUACAUAUAUACAGUACAUGAAUAUAUUGUUUUGAACAGUUAAAGGAAGCAAUGAAACAAAUGGGAUUGCAUGGUUUGAUUAUCAAACAGGCAAAGUGGACAACUGCCCCAAAACCC